AUCUCCCCUUACCCAACCGACCCCCAAUCCUUUCUUCUUCAACUUGCUCUCUACGCUUCAGUUGUCCGAUACUGGUUCGGGACAUCGUCUACAGUCAUAGAAUCUCGUUCUUCCCGGUGAUUAUCCUCUCACUUUAUAACCAUGACGUUAGAACCGACCCGGCAGCCUACCGCCCACCGCGGCAGCUUCGUGGAGGAGAUCGAAACUGCCCGGACCGAUCUCGCUCGCAAGCUGCUUGUUAGUGAAUUACAGUCAAGCCCAUCCGAGUCAGAAAGAGUCCCAUCCCUGAGCCCUACGACCAGUGCCACGUCUACGGGUCCGGACUCGGAUGUAGCCGAUUCACCCAUCACCACUCCUGUCGACGACGAUCUUGUCGCGGACAGCUUUGCCUUUGCCUUUGAUAUUGACGGCGUCCUUGUGAGGGGUGGCCGGCCCAUCCCCGAGGCCGUCCAGGCUAUGAAGGUCUUGAACGGAGAGAACAAAUACGGGCUCAAGAUCCCAUAUAUAUUCUUGACAAACGGUGGCGGCAAAACAGAGGCGGAGCGUUGUGGCGAUCUGUCUCGCCAACUGGACGUCGAGAUCUCGCCGGCACAGUUUAUCUGCGGCCACACGCCCAUGUCCGAGAUGGCUAGCAAGUACAAUACCGUCCUCGUCGUCGGCGGCGAGGGCGAGAAGUGCCGUUCUGUCGCCCAGGGCUACGGAUUCAAGGAUGUCGUAACUCCUGGAGAUAUCAUCAAGGCUAAUUCCGCCACUACGCCCUUUCGAAAGCUCACGCCGGAAGAGCACCGUAACUCGAGAGAGCGUGAUUUCAGCAAGGUCGUCAUCGAAGCCGUCUUCGUCUUCGCCGAUUCGCGCGACUGGGCUGGCGACCUGCAGAUCAUCAUCGACCUAGCCAUGUCCAAGGGCGGCCGCGUCGGCACCCUCUCGGAGACCUUUGACGAGGGCCCGCCCAUCUUCUUCUCCCACAACGAUGUCGUCUGGUCCGCCGCCCACGACAACGUACGCCUAGGCAUGGGCGCCCUGCGGGGGAUCGUGGAGUACACUUUCAAGGAAGUCACCAAGGGCAAGACGCUCCACACGCACGCCUUUGGCAAGCCGCAGAUCGGAACCUUCGAAUUCGCUACCCGUCUGCUCAAGCGGUGGCGGAGGAAUGCGCACCGCCUGGAUGCCCCCCCGGACACGGUCUACUUUGUCGGCGACACUCCGGAGAGUGACAUCCGAGGGACGAACCAAUUCAACGAGCAGGCCGAGAACGACUGGUACAGCAUCCUGGUUAAGACGGGCGUCUACCAAGACGGGACCGAACCGGCCUAUAAGCCCCGCGUCACCGUCGAUACGGUGCUAGAUGCCGUAAACCACGGUAUCGAGCGCGAGAUGCAGCGGAAACGAGAGAGGGCCCAGGCCCAAAAGCCCCGUCUGGUUGACAUGCCUACGCUGAGGCUAGAAGGGACAAAGGACUGCGCCGUCUUUAGCCCCACCGAGGAGUGCUCCAUCGAGCUAGAUGCUUCCGCAUCAUGACGACCACGACGCUCACGGCAGUAUCCUUCUCAGAAUCUCCAGGAGAGAAAAUCGUAUACUUUUAUGAUACCAUCACUGAAUAUUCACAAGCUGCCCGGCGCAGCAUCUUGGGCUCUUAGAGGGUUUUCGUUUUUUAGAUAUGCCAUCGAAGUUCUUGUACAGCCGCCGCUGCAACUUUGUAAGAAGGCGAGAGGAUGAUCACAACCACGUACGUCUCCGCAGAGGAAGACUGCCCAGUAGAAAACUACACCAGGCGGCGUCAGGGAUACUUAUUUCUGAAUAUGCACCAAAAUUUGACUUGUACCUAAGUUUCGCUUUUCUACGCUCGGCUCGUGUGCGCUGCUUACGGACUCGAUGUCUACCUGUGAUGUUUACUAGGUGCUAGAAUUUUCUAGAAAUAGGCUCGGAAAAGC